UCUAUCUCGUUUCACUUCUCGGUCUUCUCCCAUGGCGUCACUUUCCCUUGCUGUCUGCGUCUUCUUCGUCCUCAACCUUGCUUCGCUUCAAGCUUUCGCCGGAGUGGUGCUGGAAGAGGGCUACACAGUCACGACACUGAUCGACGGCCACAAACUGGAUAUAAAUCCUUACUCGGUGCUCCCUCGGCCAGGAUCGUCCGAUCUUCUCGUUCUCGAUUCUUCCGGUAGCGCCUUCUACACCGUAUCGCUCCCUGCUUCGAAAUCGCAAGAGAAUGUGGUAAAGAAGCUCUCCGGCGCCGGCGGCGAGGGUUAUUCGGACGGAGAGUCGGUUUUGGCGCGGUUUAGGAAGCCCAGAGGCUUUGCGGUGGGCCAGAAAGGAACUGUGUUUGUUGCGGAUAGGAGUAAUAAUGUGAUAAGGAAGAUAAGCGCCUCAGGUGUAAGCACUAUUGCUGGAGGCUACUCACUGAAGCCUGGGCAUGAGGACGGUCCUGCGCAAAACGCAACGUUUAGUUCGGAUUUCGACCUGGCUUUUGAUGCGGGUAGGUGCGCGCUUUUGGUCUCUGAUCGUGGGAAUCAGUUGGUGCGGUUGAUUAGUCUCAAACCGGAGGACUGUGCCAGGGGUUCUGCACCGUCUGCGCUUGGAUCAGUUUCAGUGUGGAUUAUGGGUCUGGGAUUGUGUUUGUUGGGGAUUCUAAUUGGAUUUGUAGCUCGGCAUUUCAUGCCUUAUGAGGGCAGCAGCCAGCUCGGCUUCAGCGUGACAUGGAAGCGAUGCCAAAUCAGUCUGGGGAAGCAAGCACAGACUUUUUGCUUCGCCAUCAGAAGCGCAACUGCUAGCUCCUCCACUCCUGUUUUGUCGCUGUUGAGGCGGCUCUUUUGGUUGUGUGUCUCCCAAAUUUCUCUUAUGUAUAGUAUUAGCAGUGUGGAGUCCCGAGUUUCGAGUAAGGAAGGUGUAUCUUUGCUUGAUCUCGAUGUCAAUAACAGUAGUUGUUCUACGAUAACCGAGUCGUCCAAGUAUGUGGAUCAGUUAAAGGAUUUGAUGCUUUUAGAUGGAAGCACGGAGUUGUUUAGUGCUGACAACCUGAUGCUGAAGCAAGAUGGUAAUGCUGGAAGGAGUGACGUAUUAUCUGGUUGUCAUGGAGGAAUUGAUGGCAUGAUUGACAGUAAUAUUAUGGGAUUUGUGGACGGAGCUUCGGGAGGUAGUUCAGGUUUAGUUAAGAGGAGAUGAAAUGAUAACUCUUACAGAAACACAUCCUUGUAUAUUAUUUUAACUAGUUGUGUGAGGCUUGUGACUACAUGUG